AUGAAUAGCUCCACGAGCUUGGAUCCUUCUGCCUCCCAUUCACAGGACAAGCAUACCUUUACUCGACUAGGAUGGGGCACGGCACUUUGCUCUUUUAAGUCAGGGAGCAAGUCACAGUGUGACUCAUUCUUAGGUGUGCCACCUGUUUCCCCCAACAGUUCCCAGCACUGUGCCCGUCUGAAGAACCAAUAUCUCAAACAGGCAUCUGCAGAGCUAUCAUUCUCCCAAGAAGUAUUGCAGCAAUGGGGGCUGCCCUGUAUACCCUAUUCCCAGUAUAACUUUGACCACAUCUACAACACAGAAAACAUCUCUUUGUCCAAGAACAGAGAGUUCCAAGCUCGGAAGGCACCCAAACUCAAGCCGCUGUUAUCUUCAUCUAUAAUGGACCUGCCGUCCUUACGGUCCUUACCGGCACUCCAACCAAUAACUAAAAGUGUUAAGACCCCGAAGAAAUGCAAACUGAAGAGGCCUAAGAAAGAAAACUCACCCAGCGAUUCUUCGGCUAGAUCUUCCUCCAGUCCUGUUUCUGAGAUUGUGGAUUCCCAAUCAACAAUUCUGUCAAACACUUCUGAGUGGAAACUAGAACAAAGAGAAACAUGGUUUAGACCAGCAGAGAGGGAGGUCAGAAGUUGGGAGAACAUUGUGCUCAAAAAAUUGAACAAGCGUACAGCUAGAUGGAUCUUAAACAAGAGACCUCCACGGCCUGGGGUCCCUCCCAGCAAGUGGCAGAGUUUCUUGAGACAUCAGUAUGACUGGAGCCAUAUCCAGGAUGAGCUUUCCUCUGCCAGUGACCUGGAAUUAUUGGCCCAGCUUGAGGCUGAAGAGAUGGCAGAAUUUGAGGGCGUAGACGCUGCUGCUCCCAUCCAAGAGGAAAAGAAACCAGAGUUACUGCUCCCUGUUUACUUCAGAAUUCCUGCUUACUUACCACUUAAGAAGAAACCCGAGAUGAUGGUUGGCACCAAUAAGACGGUUGAAGAUAUACUUGCUGAACGGAGCCUCUUCCGGCCCCAACCUCCACAGCCAAGGCAACACAUAAAUCCCAGAGCUGGGAAGUAUGCUUAUGUCACAGAAAAUGCCUUUGAACAGGAGAUUUACUUUGACUUAGUUCAGAUCCUCCAUCGGGAUGGCAUGGAGUAUGACAAGAUCCUUUUGGAAAACCUCAACCAAUACUGUAAACAUUUGCCAAAGGCUUUCCCAGAAGGUCCGGAAGAGUGGAAUUAUAAUCCACGUCCUGUAGGAGCUCUCAGGCCCAAAAGGGGAGCCUUCCGUUGGACCGCCUUGCCCACUCCAGUCAAGGACCCCCUGGAAUUGAGCCAAGAGAUUAUUCCUGCCAAGGUCAGGAGAGCAAGGAAGGAUUGUGUACCAAAAAUAGAGGAAAAUGUGUCCUGGGAAAUGCGGGUCCUCCGGAACAUGCUGAAGGAAUGGAAGAAUGCCUGGAUUCUAACUACCCAAUGGCAAGACGCUACAGUGGAGGGACUGCUACGGAACAUGAACAACGUGCAGGAUGAGGUCAGGGUUGAAGCCAUCAUCACCUGUGCCACGGCAGCUAUAGAGCGACCUCGAACUGAUGACAUUGAGGAGGACAAAGACAAUGAAGAUUCUAUUCAAACUGAGCCCAUCCAGGAGAUACCAAAGGAACUACAGCCUGUGCUCAAGGAAGCGCUAAGGGAUAAGAAUGCCAGUGUACGCAUGGCAGCAGCUGUGUGCCACUACACCAUCCAAGCACAUGACAGCCAAGCCCAGGAAAUCAUGCAGAAUGCUCUGGCAGUAGGUAAUGAUGCUGACAGCUGGGCAGCAGCCCAGUGCCUGGCUCUGGACGGGAUUGCUUCUUUUGCUGUGGUGAAGAGAAUCCUCUACCAACUGUUUUGCAGAAAGGACAAGGAAACAGAGGAACAAACUUGUCUCCUGCUGAGCUAUCUCAGUGAUAAGACAGUUCCAUCACUACUGAGGGUGCACAGAGAAACCACUAAACUAUGUCUUAUGUCUCCUCAGAGCCUGAUACAUACCCUACUUGCUGUGGAGCUGAACAGCUGCCAAUGGGAAGACAGGAUUGUUGCCUGCCGAGCUCUUUCCCGAAUCAGGGGGAGGAGUGUCAACCAGGAUCUGAAACACAAAUUGAUCCAGCUGAUGUGGAAUGAUUGGAACUGGGGUGUACGCCAGGCAGCUGCCCAAGCCCUUGGGCAGAUGAAGCUGGGGAAGGAGGUGCAUGACAAGAUCGGAAUAAUGCUGGGUCAAGGAAACUCCCAGGAGCGAGUAGACGCCCUCUCCCUGAUUGGCUGGCUGAAGCUUAUGACUGCCAAGUUGCUUCCUGACUUCGUUAACUGCUUCUCUGAUGAUUUUGUGGCUGUGAGGAGGGAAGCCUGCCUUGCAGCUGGUGAACUCAAGAUAAAAGAUAAGAUGGUCUAUGACAGCCUCCUAAAGUUGGUACAGGGUGAUCCAUACUGGAAAAUCAAAGCUUUCGCCAUCAGAGCUUUAGGAAUGAUUGGGCUUGUAAGUCCCCAGUUAACAGACCUCUUGCUCUGGGCUAUCCACUAUGAGGAGGAACCAGGUGUGCGGCUGGAAGCCUGUAGGAGCAUCAUUGCCCUUCAACUUCAGGGAGACAAAAUCCGAGACACCUUCCUAGAUGUGCUCCUCCUAGAGAGCCAUGAGGCUGUUCUUAGGGAACUGAAUGAUGCAAUGAAGACUCUUCACUUACAAGAUGAAGGAAACCAGGAGAUGCUUCAAGAGAUAAAGCAAAAGAUUUCUGAACUAAAUCAGAAAAACUUGAUCAUCAAUAAAAUACUGAAGAUUGAGAAAAUUGCUGAAACUAUUCGGCAGGAAGCAAGAUUUAUCUGUCUCAGCCAUCCCAGAAGUGAUAAACCUUCAACACAACUUGUAGACUUUUUCCAAGAUGCUUUUAAAGAUCCUGAUGUCCCUUUCACUCUGACACCUUCUGAUAUCUGUAACUUGGAAAAAGCCUUAGAGCCUGUGCGGUCACCUACACCAAAUGCCUUCCGCAGGAGUCCCAUCUUUGAUCAGAAGAGUCCUGAAAAAGUAAAACUCAAUAAACAUCUAACAACCAUCAGGGAAAAAAGAAUUUCUUUGGGACCAUUUAGUGAGGCCCAAUGCUUACCUAAAACUGAAUAA